GGCGUGUGUUUUCGCUUUUCGAAUGUCGUCAAAUUAACCACUUAAUCGUAGGAUUUCAUAGUAAUAAAUCGUUUCAAGUAAAUCUUUAGUGUUAAUACGGCUUUUAAGUGUUGAAAAUGUCGAAAAAUGUGCUUGUUAUUGGCAGCGGCGGCCGAGAACACGCCAUUGCUUGGAAAAUCUCGCAAAGCAGUCAAGUGAAGAAAAUUUUCGCGGCACCCGGCAGUUUUGCCAUUCAACAGGUGCACAAGGCGGAAAAUGUCCAGUUGGACAUCAAGAAUUUUAAGGAGGUAGCGAAUUUCUGCAAAUCCCAAAACGUCUCCUUGGUGAUAAUAGGUCCAGAAGACCCUCUGGCAAACGGUAUCGCAGACGUGUUAACCUCGGAAGGCAUUCCCACCUUUGGACCUCAAAAAAAUGCCGCUCAAAUCGAGUCGAACAAAAAUUGGGCCAAGGCAUUUUUCGAUAGGCACCGAAUCCCCACAGCUAGGUGGAAAUCCUUCGAAAACGCCAAGGAAGCAAAGGAUUUCAUCAACAACGCUCCCUGGGAUGCCCUUGUAGUCAAAGCGAGCGGUUUGGCAGCUGGUAAGGGCGUUGUGGUAGCUGCAAGCAAAAAAGAAGCUUGCGAUGGCGUCGACGAAAUUUUGACCGGGAAAAAGUUUGGGUCAGCCGGAGAAACCGUGGUGAUUGAGGAGUUGCUGAAAGGCGAGGAAGUAUCGGUUUUGGCGUUCUGCGACGGCAACACCGUAAAGGCGAUGUUGCCGGCUCAGGAUCACAAGAGGAUUUUCGAUGGUGAUCAGGGUCCCAAUACUGGGGGGAUGGGGGCUUACUGUCCGUGCCCACUGUUGAAUGAUGAGGGUUUGAAGUUCGUGGAGAAGGAAAUAUUGCAGAGGACUUUGGAUGGGUUCAACAAGGAAGGCAUCAAGUUUGUUGGAGUGUUAUAUGCGGGACUUAUGCUGACAAAAGAAGGCCCUAAAGUGUUGGAGUAUAACGCUAGAUUCGGGGAUCCAGAAACAGAAGUUAUUCUUCCUUUAUUGAGGUCGGAUUUGUACACCAUCAUGUCGUCUUGCUGUAAUGGGACUUUGAAGAAUCAAGAACUUCAGUGGAUGGAAAAUACCAACGCUGUGGGUGUCGUGAUGGCUUCCAGGGGGUACCCAGAAACGUCCAGCAAGGGUCAGGUUAUUACCGGUAUUGAUACUGUGAGCCACAGGCCUAACCACGUCGUUUUCCACUGUGGGACAGCCAUGAAAGGCGAGCAUUUGGUCACCAAUGGUGGAAGAGUGUUGAUAGCCGUCAAUUUGGCGCCGCAGCUGGCCCUAGCUGCAGCCAACGCUACUUUAGCUUGCCAAACUAUCAAGUUUGAUGGUUCUCAGCACAGAAACGAUAUUGCUCAUAAAGGGAUAGCAAGUGCCAUUCUAAAAUCCGGUAAGCUCACUUACAAGCAAAGCGGGGUCGAUAUUACCGCCGGUAACGACCUGGUAAGCCACAUAAAACCGUGCGCCAAGUCCACGAACAGACCCGGCGUGAUGGGCGGUUUGGGGGGGUUCGGGGGUCUCUUUGACCCCAAAGCGGCGGGCUACAAGGACCCCCUGCUGGUAUCGGGAACCGAUGGUGUCGGGACCAAGUUGAAGAUUGCCCAAGAGAUGGGUAUGCAUGACACGAUCGGUAUCGAUUUGGUGGCGAUGUGCGUCAAUGACGUAUUAGCUCACGGUGCGGAACCUUUAUUUUUCCUCGAUUACUUUGCUUGCGGAGCAUUGGAUGUUAAAGUCGCAAAGGAAGUUGUAACAGGAGUCGCUGAAGGUUGCAGACAGGCUGGAUGCUCACUUGUAGGUGGCGAAACUGCGGAAAUGCCCGAUAUGUACCCACCAGGCGACUACGAUGUUGCCGGUUUUUCUGUAGGAGCAGUUGAAAGGGAGCAAUUGAUGCCUCACAUUGAAAAGAUACGACCUGGCGACGUUAUAAUCGCUUUACCAUCGAGCGGGGUGCAUAGCAACGGUUUCAGUCUCGUCAGGAGGGUAAUGAAACUUUCCGGCCUCACCUACAGAGAUGUAGCGCCUUUCAGUAAAUCAGGAAGGAUGAUUGGGGAGGAGUUGCUCACCCCUACCAAGAUCUACGUUAAAGCCGUCAUACCGGCGGUUAAAACCGGUAAGGUGAAGGCGUUCGCGCACAUCACGGGCGGCGGUUUGCUGGAGAACAUACCCAGGGUGCUGCCGGACAGUUUGGCCGUCGAUAUAGACGCCACCAAGUGGCCGAUCCCCGAAGUUUUCUCGUGGCUGGCGACUGCAGGCGGGGUAAACCAAACGGAGAUGCUCAGAACCUUCAACUGCGGUCUAGGAGGCAUUCUAGUCCUUCAAAAGGAACACCAAGACGAAAUUAUGAAGCUUGUGGCACCCCAUGGCGGUUCAGUUAUAGGCAGCAUAGUCAAAAACAACGGCGAACAAGUCAUCGUAAGGAACUUCACUGAAGUUAUGGAGGUUUCCAUGCGAAAGUACGUCCCACAUGUAGUGUCUAAGUGCGCUGUGGCGAAAAAAAGAGUGGGGGUGUUGAUUUCCGGCAGUGGUACCAACCUGCAAGCCCUGAUAGACGCCACCCUGGACCCGUUAAGCCAAAUGGGUUGCGAAAUAGUUUUGGUCCUGUCGAACAAACCAAACGUGCAAGGUUUGGAGCGAGCCGAACGCGUUAAUAUACCAACAAAGGUCCUAAGUCAUAAAGACUACAGCAGCAGAGAAGACUUCGACAAAGCUAUGCAUAACGAGCUCGUGGCUGCGGGUGUGGAUAUCGUUUGUUUGGCAGGUUUUAUGCGGAUUUUAAGCGGGGAGUUCACUAGGAAAUGGAAGGGGAAGUUGAUAAACGUUCACCCAGCGCUUCUCCCGCUUUUCAAGGGCACGCAUGCGCAGAAGCAAGCUCUCGAAGCUGGCGUGAGAGUCAGCGGAUGUAGCGUACAUUUUGUUGAGGAGGAUGUAGAUGCGGGGGCCAUAAUUACCCAAGAAACGGUCCCAAUUGAAGUAAACGAUACGGAAGAUAUUUUAAUAGAGAGGAUCAAAACAGCGGAACACAAAGCUUUCCCAAGAGCCUUAAAACUACUGGCUACAGAAAAAGUGAAACUCGGCGACAACAACAAAAUAAUUUGGUCUUAAAUGUAUAUAUUAUUCCAAUGAAUAUGAAUUGUGUUUUUGUUUUUUUUUAUUACAUUAUACUACGUAUCAGGAAAUUUGAAUAUUCAAAUGUGUUAAAGCUGUACAACAGGUUCUGCAUUUGUUGAUAUAAAUAAAUAAAUUUUUAAUCCGACA